AUGGGGAAGGACGAAUGCUCUUUAGAAGAGAUCAUCGGAAUAGAUCUGGAAGAGUGCCUUGAACAAGAUGAAGUCGAAUUGCUUGUCGACUCGCUCAUUUACGCCCUUAUCGGAUGCGUGGCUGUAAUAAUUUUACUGUCGAUUUGCGGAUGCUGCUACUGCCAUUCUUCACGAAAGAAAGAAUUGCUGAUCAAGCGUCUCACUUUCUAUCAUACAGAUGCAAUCAAGAACCCUUAUGCCGAGUCCGAUACUUCGCUGCCCAUUGUUAUGAAUCAAUAA